UAUGAUUUAGAAGGUUUGUGAUCGAUCUUUUUCUAGAGUAGUUUUGGGAGGGUUCACAGAAAGCCAAAAGACAUCUUGCGCGGCAAAAACCACAUAGCUAGUUAGCACAUGCUAGCUGUCCGCAUUGUACGUUUAUGGCCAGUGAACUGUCUGGCGUGUUUAGCUUUUGUUCGGCGCUCUUACUACUGUCCUUAGCUUGUACCGCCACAAAACCUUAUUCUUUGUACUGUCUCACCAGUUCAGCUGCCGUUUCCUCAGGUGAACCCACAUUGUUCCUGAGGCACAUGGAAACAUGUCUCAGUUCUGUCAGGACCGAAGCAGUCGAUGGCAGGACAUCCAGAAGGGGCUGCAGUUCAUACAAUCCACAUUACCUUACCCAGGAACACAAGAUGAAUAUGAGGUCUUUAUCCGUCGUCUGGUGAAGAACCUGUUUGGCGAGGGAAAUGACGUGUUCAGCGAGGGCGAGUGGGCACGAGCAGUGGAACUAUACACAGAGGCCUUAAACAUAGCAGAGUACGCCGAGUCAGAGGAUAUCGUCAUAUCUUCAGCAACAAGGGAAAAGAUGUGCGCUAACCGCGCCGCUGCCUACUUAAAUAUGGGUUUGUACGAUCAAGCUCUUGAAGACUGUGAAAAAUGUCUUGAACUAAAUGAGAGCAAUUACCGGGCACUGUAUCGCAAGGCGAGAUCUUUGAAGGAGAUGGGCCGCCACACAGAGGCCUAUGAUGCCGUCGCCAAAUGCUCACUAGCAGUGCCCCAGGAUUCCAAAGUCAUUCAGCUCACGCAUGAACUUGCACAGAUAUUAGGAUUAAAAAUUCGAAAAGCCUACAUUCGAAGCAAGCCUGCCUUAAAUAUUUUACCCGGUUCAAGUGUAUCAAGUGCUUCAAAUGACAAGUUUUCUGAUUCUGCAUCAGUGGACAAUAUUGAAACAGAUGUGUCCCCGGCCUCCACAGAGCCAGCUGUCCAAGUGCCCUGCCCCCCUCAGCUGUCUGUCGAGCUGCCAACCUCCUCCAUGCCAAGUACAGUGCCAUCCCUGAGCACUCCCCCAGCCAGCCUCGUAGCCUUCGAAAAACCCAUCGAACCCGAAAAACCCCAGCCCCCUCCACCACAGCUGACUGUCCUACCCCCCAUCUCCUCCAUCAGCCCCCUGCCCGCCAUCAGCCCCCUGCCCCAGGUGCCCCCCCAGGUCUCCCUCCCGGAGCCCAUUGGCCACGAGCCCAGCCCGCUGAGCAAGCCGGUGCUGGUGAACGGCAACAGAUCCCAUGAGGUGUUCCAGGUGCAGGUACCUGAGCCACACCUGGACUUUGAUUCCAAGAUCAUUGGGGACGACCUGGAUGACCUCCUGGACAACGUCACCCACGAGCAGUCCUCUGAGGCUAUCCCUACGAUGGACGGCCCCCUUCCUCUUCCCAACCGCAUGCCGCCGGUCGGCACGCUGCCCAGCCCGCUCUUCAUGCCCCCACCCAACUUCCCCCACCCCUUCCUGGCUCCGCUGGGCUCCCUCCCCUGCACCAUCACCCUGCCCCCGCCUUACCACAAGCCCAACCACUACUCCAUGGGUCUGGACCCCUUCCCCUCCGCCCUGGACUCCCUCGACUGCCUGUCGCUCUCCAACUCACAGACAGACGACGCUAAAAUUACCUCCCAUUCUCUUUUCAAUUUUGCUGCGCCUAUGGGGAAUCCAGGCUUCCCUCCACACCAACAGCUUCAUCCCAUUAUUCCCAUGAAUACUGACAAGCCCUUAUUUCCUCCCAUCGGGGUGGCCUUAAAUGCAAUGCCUGAAGCAAAUGUGUGUCGGAUGGAUCAAUCCCAGAAUCCCCUCGCGGACACUCAUGAGUUCAGACAGGCAUGUGCUGCCUGCUAUGUAAAAACAGGUGCCGGAGUAUUGGAUUACACCCUUUUUAUGGAAGAGCACAAAUGCAAAAAAGACAUUUUGCUGGGGCGCAUCAGAUAUUCGGCUAAUGGUGCGUGGAAACUUAUCCGACCCCGGCCAACCAAGACGCAGUAUGUCGGCCCCUACUACAUAUGCAAAGAUGUUGCCAUGGGCGAGGUGUGCAGGUACCCUGGUCACUGCACGUUUGCAUACUGCCAGGAGGAGAUUGACGUGUGGACCAUGGAGCGCAAGGGCUUCAUCAGCCGAGAGCUGCUUUGUGACCCGUUCGGAUCCAUAAGGACGGUGCACCUGUCCGUUUCAGCCAUCCUGCAGGAACACCACGGCAUAUUCAUGUUCCUGUGCGAGGUGUGUUUUGAUCACAAACCUCGGAUCAUCAGCAAAACCAACACGGAAAACCCAAGUUUGUGCUCUCACCCGGUGACGAAGCAUAACUUUGAGGAGAAAAAGUGCCUGGUCCACAUCCUGAAGGAGAACACGGUUCGCUAUACCAAGGUCAGGCCGAUGCACCAGCAGUGCCAGAUGGACCUGUGCCGGCACGAGGUGCGCUACGGCUGCCAGCGCGAGGACUUCUGCUUCUACGCACACAGCCUGGUGGAGCUCAAGGUCUGGAUGCUCCAGUCACAACAAGGUAUUUCCCAUGAGGCUAUUGCUCAAGAGGCCCGAAAGUAUUGGAACAUGGAGGCACACCCCUCACAGGGGAUCCAGGAGAUCCCCUCGGCGAUCAGGAAGUUUGGGCCAGCUAAUCUCAAGAUGCAGUUUGUGUGCGGCCAGUGCUGGAGGAACGGCCAAGUCAGCGAGCCCGACAAGAACAGGAAAUAUUGUACUGCAAAGGCUCGGCAUCCGUGGGCCAAAGACAGAAGAGUCGUGCUGGUCAGCUCCAUUGAACGCAAGAAGUGGACAACCGUUCGCCCCCUCCCUACCAAAAAGCCUGUCCCUGCUCAGUUUGAGAUCUGCAUGCACAUCUCGGCUGGUAAGAAGUGCCAGUACAUUGGGAACUGCACCUUUGCACACAGUGCAGAGGAACGGGACCUAUGGACCUUCAUGAAGGAGAACAGCAUUGGUGACAUGGAGCAGUUGUAUGAGCUGUUCCUGCAGUCGCAGCGUCAGGGCUGGAGUGAGGAGAGCUCCAACAGCACCUUGAGGGACAACGGCAAGCAGAUCCACAUGCCCACUGACUAUGCAGAGGAAGUGGCUGGGAACCACUGUUGGCUUUGUGGUAAGAACUGCAACAGUGAAAAACAGUGGCAGCAGCACAUCACCUCAGACAAACACAAGGAGCGCGUGUUCAACUCUGAUGACGACCAGAAUUGCUGGCAGUAUCGCUUCCCCACCGGCACUUUCAAAGUUUGUGAAAGGUUCCUUAAGGGUACUUGCACAGAAGAGGAACUAUGCAAGUUCGCCCACGGGGAUGAGGAACUGAAAGAGUGGAAGGACCGAAGGGAAUUCCUUUUGAUGAAACUUGCCAAAGCCAGAAAAGAUCACCUGAUAGCACCGAACGACAAUGACUUUGGCAAAUAUAGUUUUCUGCUUAAAGAUAUUAAUUAAUAAUUUUAAAGAUGUCAUGUAAUGCACGGGAUUAUCCAUAAUUAAGACAUGGUAGAAAGUACAAGUUGGGCGCUUUUUCUUUCCUGGUUUGGGGGGAAAAAAUAGGGCUCACGUUUGGCAAAGUUAUAAAGGACCAAAAAUGAAAACCCUGGCCCGUUCUCCCUCGGUUUGCGAUUACGACAAGAGCGAGACCGUACGUAUGGAGAGGGCCUCGUGUUUAGUUAUCAUGGCUUUGUUGCUGUUAUCACAGAUUCAGAUAGGUUGUGCACCAAUGCCUUUUACUUUUGCAGUCGUGUUCCUGCCCCCAGAAAAGCAGGGUUGACCUUUUUAUUUUUCUUCAGUUGCAAUUAAGUGAAAGAGACGCCAAAGGUAAAGCAUAUGGGGCUGUGGAUCACUGAAAGACUGUUCUUCUAAUGACCGCUUUAAGAUGGAGGAAGAAUUGAUUGAUUUCCUUAGGAAGAAAGAGAAUGUUGUUGCAAAAUCUUUUUUUUGUUCUUAAUUCCAUGUUUGGAAUAAUGAUGUUUUCAGGUAUUCCAAUCUUUUAUGUUAAUUUUUAUCGUCUCUUAUAAUGUUCUGUCUACCUGUCAAGAAUAAAUGAUUUCCAGCAGA